AUGCUACGAUCAAACACUACUCUUACAAGUCUCGACCUCUCUGAUAACAAUAUCGGCGCCAACGGUGCAAAGCAAAUCAUGGAAGGUCUACGCUAUAACAGCACAUUGACGAAACUCUACUUUAAGAACAACAAAAUCGGAGAUAAUGCCGGUGCCUAUAUCUCAACGAUGAUCAAAGACAACAAAUGUCUGCAAUAUCUCGAUAUCAGUGAGAACAACUUGCAAACCAAUGCAGGUAUACUCGUAUCACUCAGUCUUGAAUCCAACUCAACAUUGAAAUACCUCAAUCUUGCACACAAUCAAAUGUUAGAGGCAUCGAAUAACUCUGACUCCAACAUCAAACGUUGUCACCAAGCACUUCAAAAUAUCUUCCAGAGAAAUAAAACAAUGACAAAUCUCGAGUUGGAAGGCAACUGUCUAUUGGAGAACAUUGCCAAAGAAAUCAACAGCUCACUCGCCAGAAAUCUAAUGUUGGGUGGAACCAGAAAGAAAAAGAAAAAAUUAUUUUCUUUGCUUUUUGAUGAUUAA